AAUGUUCCCAUUUGUUAACAUUGUUACCAUGGACUUUGAACGAUCGGAUAUUCCUAAAUUAUCCGAUUCAAUUGAGGAUGAAAGUGAAAGUUCUAAUGAAACUUCUCGUUUAGAAGUGUUGUUGAGAGAGAAGGAAAAUGAUAAACGGAGGGAAAUUAAUUGGGAGAAACGGCUUUCAAAUUUAAAUCUCGAAAGAGAAAUUGAUAAACUAUUGAUUAGUGAGCAGUAUAAAAAUGAUAGAGAAUUACAUUCUAUAAAUAGCAAAAUUGUUGUUGUUGGUGAUGAAAAGAGUGGUAAAACUAGUCUAAUAAAGAGCUUAAGUAGUUUAGAAAAGGGAUUUACAAUGAAGAAAGUAGACGGAUGCAACCAAGAAGAACUUAGCGUUAUGAAAGUUGAGGAAAUAGCAACUGGUAAUGUUUAUUGGUUAUCGUUUAGUGAAAGUAGCUGUGGAUCGAUUAAUGGAGAGAAAGAUAUUGAAAAAUACUUAAGAAAAUCACACGCAAUCAUUCUUACAUAUUUAAAUGAUAAUGAGAAACAGUUAAAGUCAAUUAAACAAUAUUGGAUUAAAUUAAUCCAAGGUUUUGAAACGAAAAAGCCAUUUAUUAUAAUAUCGCUAUAUGAUAUAGAUAAACCGUUUAAAAGGCAAUUGAUCAAAUUCGAAAAUAAUAAAAUUCUUUAUAUGAAAUGUGAUCUAGAUGAUAAAGCUCAAAUGGGAGCAGUUUGUCGAGUUCAAUCACAAGAUAAUGAUAAUAUUGCUCUUUUUAAAGGAAAAUCUAUGUUUUCUUUCACCUGCGCUGAAACUACACCCUUGAAAGGCAAUGCUUAUAAUUUUGAUUUACCAUCGAAAACUUAUAAAUACAUUGCCGAUGCUAAUGACAUUUUACCAAAUGAAGCUCAUAGAUACUCAAUGAAUGAACAUCAAGCAGCAAGAACAAUUAUAUACACAAAAUCUACUGAUGAGUAUGCUGAUAAUGAAUAUCACGAUUGUAUUAGGGAACUUGUUUUCAACACAGAUUAUGUCAAAAGAUCUGUAUUUGCAGUUUUAGAUAAUUAUGAAUGUAGUGUAAAUAACAAAGAAUUGAAGAUAAUUAGAGGAGAAGAUUUUCAAUUUUCAGCAUCAUUGAAUUUUACUCAUAUUUCUCCCGAGUUUACCUGCACAACUGAAGGCAUAGGUUCAAGUUCGAUAGAUCUUUCAAUAGAUUAUUAUGAUAAUUCAACUGAAAGGUCAUUAAAAGGAAAAAUUACAGCGAAUGUAGUCUUGAAAGAUAUUGGUUUAAAUGGUUUAAAAGCCUCCUGCGCCUUCAAAUAUGACCACCUUGAAAAUUUUAAAACAGAAGAAAUCGAGCAUAUUGAAAAUUUGCCUGCACCAGAAGGAAUGCCUGUUGCGGUAAUUUACAAACAACCAAAAUUUUUCUUUAAUGACGAUAAAGAAAAAGUAGUUUGUAAGAUUUCAGUAUCCUAUGAGUACGGCCCUGAUAAUGUUAAGGCAGAUUUGCAUCCAAUUCUAGAGGAUAGAGUUUUGUGUACUUAUAGCGCCAUCUUUUCAACUAAAAAUCGAACUAUAUGGAGGAUAAAUGGAAAUGAGGUUAGUGGAACAGACGGAGAUAUUCUAAAUAUUACAAGUAUUACAAGACCUGCCGAUAUCAGUUGCGAACCUUGUGUAGAAUAUUUUAAUGGAGAGAUCAAUUGCACAAUAAGUGGGAUAUUUCAAUUAUUAGAUAAUUCAACUCCACCGGUUAUAAAACCACCAAGUGGAAGAAAUUUUCCAUCGAAUAUCGCCGUUUUUGACGAUCAGACAAAACCUUUUAGAUUUUAUUGUCACGCCUAUCCAAGUUCUCCUUUGGUUAUUCAUUCCUCAUCAUUUGGACCAAAUGGAAAUUUAAUUGCCGACCAAAAUUCUAUUGUUCCGGGACAAAAUCAUAGAUAUAGAAUGGAAACUGAUGAAUAUUUUACAAGAAUAAUAGAGUAUAACGCAAGUUCAAUUGCAGCUUACGACGAUAACAUUUAUCACGACUGUACAGUUCGUCAUAAUGAAACUCAUAGAGCUGUUGUUGUUGUACUUUCCAACAUGGAAUGUCCAGAGACUUUUGUUAAAGGAGUUGAAGAUACACAAUUUAAUCUAACUUACAAAAUAGAUUUUACUCAUAUUGAGCCUCUAGUAAAGUGUAAUGCUAAUACUUUAGGAACUGUUAAAUAUGACAAGAAAAUUAUUAGCAAUGACCCAACAAAACCAAUGAAAACUACUCUCAUUGCCACAUUAAUAUUUUACUUCCCAAGGAAAUUUGGAACAUAUGCAAACUGCUCCUUUGUUUACGAUAGAUCGGAAAAUAUGUACCUAUCAGAAGCCAUUCAUAUUCAAGGAUUUGAGCCAGCGGAUGCGUAUUUCGAUUCACAACUACCUUUAUGGGCUUAUGAAGAGGAUAAGCAAAGAGCAUCUUGUCAUACAAAAAUGGAAAUUCAGUAUGGACCAUCCGAUAUUAAAAUAACUGCCAAUCCACUGGAUCCGAAUAUUCUUAGUUGCGACUACGACGCCCGGGCCGACAGGUUCCUCUAUGCAAAUUGGCAUGUAAGUAUCAUAUAA